UCGACUAUGGCAUAUCAGACAGUGAAGAUACUGGUUUUUUUCGUUCUGUAGUUGAGGGCCCGCUGGUCACGGAUACAACCACACAAACAGUGGUUACUACGGACACAGAAACUACUUCUACCUCACCUUCACCUGGAACCCAAGUCACACAAGAAACAUCGACAGCAGGAGCUGGCCGCAUACAGACUCUCCGGCGUGACCCCAAUGUGCCUACUGCAGCACCUCGGAACGUUCCAAGGAUAGAUACACAGUCCACACAGUCAACACACUAUCCCCUAUUCAGAUAUGGCCGGAUCGGUCGCUCUCCCUUUAGGAGUCCUUCGAGGCGUAAGAAACAUCCACUAGGAUCAAUCCAUGUCGCAUCUCUUGGGCUUGGAUACAUCCUGAGCGGCGCUUCCGGGACAAUAAGUCCUCAGUGGCUCCCAAUAUUUCUGGGCAUGUCAACGCUUUUGAGAUAG